CAGUUGCAGCAUGGGAAAAGGCGGCAAGGACAAGGCUAGCAAGAAAGGCAAGGGCCAGGAGAAGCCAAAGUCUCCUGCAGCCCACUCUUGGAGUUGUAAAGCAUGCAAGGCCCAGGUUUCUCUGAACCUCGAGUGGUGCUGGCAAUGUGGUGGCCACUGGCAGGCCACCCCGCCCAGUGCCAGCGCCCAGCCCGAGGCGCCACGGCCUUGGGCAAGUGACAAGGCGACAGGCAGCAAAGGCCCGUCGCCCAUGAAGCAGGAGGGCGUCGCGGCUGGACCCCAGCUAGGCCCCACCAUUCAGACGCUCCAGUCGGCAGUUGAUCAGGUAGGACGGCUCGACCUCCCAGUGGAAGCCCAGAAGCAGCUCCUCGACCCCCUCAACGGUGUGUUGAACGAGGUGCGGGCCAAGCGGGAUGCUCAGAAGACCCCGACCCAGCUGAUCCAGGCCAACACCCAACGUCUGAAAGGCAAGAUGAAGAGUAUCGAGGCGAAAGAACGCAGCCUUGCCGAGCUCCGAGAACAGCUUGAAGCAGCCCGCACGAAGGUAACGGAGAUAGAGGAUAAGAUCAGCAACGAGGAGGCGCUCCUGACCACGGCAAGGUCCGAGGUCCAGUCCCUCCAGGAUGAGCAGAAUGAACUCAUUCGCCAGCACCAGCACCCAGCCUCACCGCCACAGGCAGCAGCAGCCAGCUUCUGUGCCAUGAAGUCGGCGUUGGAGGCGAUGGGCAUGGCAGCGGCGGGUGACCCCAACUUAGUGACGGCCUUCCAGGCGCUGGCGGCGGCGAUGACAACCAACCAGGCAGUCCCAGUCGUUGUGCAGACCACGGGGGCCACAGGAGCAGCGCAGCCAGCCACUGCACCAGCAGCUACGGCGCCAGCUGAACAACCAGCGGAGCCACCAGCAGGCGGGGCUAUCUCCAUGCAGCUCGACGGCAACGGCGUGGCGGAGCAGAUGGGGCAGGGCAAGGCGGUCUGA